AUGGGCAACGCGCCACACUGGUCGAGCGCGCCAGAAGCCUUGAAAAUCCUUCAGGCUACGGCGCCGGCAGCGAACUUUGACUCCACCAUGAGGUCUACGCACACAUGGGAAAUUGCCGUCACGCCACGGGACCUGUUGCACAUUGCCAACAACAGGCGGCGUGAUGUCAUGACCGAGUUCCAACAAGUCCUCCGUGUACAAGAACCCAUGCUGCGUAAGUUAAGGAGGCACUAG